UGCAAAUGGCCGAUUUUGACACAUUUUUAAUCUUCUGUUUAUUAAAAUAAAAUGGUUUAAAAAUUGCACAAGUAGCAAUGGUGAAGAAUAUACGGCUGUAAUUCAUUUCGCUGCUUAUGAAAGUACAUUCGCUAAUUUAAUAAGGUCUCUAUGAAGAAAUAUAUCGGUCUUUAACAAAAUAGUGUGGAAUGAAAGCAGAGUAGGAAUAUGGCAGACGUUGAUUCUGUGAACAGUGAUGGCACGGAAGCAACUUCUGCAAGUAAGGAUAAGUUAUUUGACCCGUCGGUUGAUAUGCUAGUAAAUGAUUUUGAUGACGAAAGAACACUAGAGGAAGAAGAAACGCUAGCGGCUGGAGAAUCCGAAGAUCCCAGCGCCGAGCUUAGUAGCUUACAGAAGGAGAGUAAUAUGCCUUUGGAAGAGCUGCUGGCUUUGUACCGAUAUAGGGAGAUGCAGGAGAAUGAUAGUCCGAUCGAUGAAGAUACUGAGGAGCCUUCGGAAGCCAUGGAGGAGCAGGAGAGCGAACUGGACGCGCAGGAGCAAACCAGCAAAUUGAGAGCCUUGUAUGACACGAUACCCGAUAACGACCCCGACGCCUCGCGACUGUUACGAUCAGUUUCACGUGUUAGUGAGGAAGAGGAUGAGGAUUACGAUUAUAGUCCCGACGAAGAUGAAUGGAGAAAGGUCAAUAAGACGAUAAUGGUUGGUAGCGAUUACCAAGCAGUGAUACCAGAAGGUUUGAGUAACUACGACGACGCCUUGCCCUACGAGAACGAAGACAAGCUCUUAUGGGAUCCUAAUCCGUUAGAGAAAAAUGUGAUCGAAAACUAUUUGAAAAAGGCCGCCACUCUUGCCAAGCCUCCCAUUCCUUUGGGCACGCAAAUGCGUGAUGACGAGCAGGUGUUGUACUUGCUGCAGCAGUGCGGCCACAACGUCGACGAGGCCUUACGAAGGAUACGCAUUAAUGUCAUUCCCAAUUCUGAUACGAUGAGUCUUUGGUCGGAAGAGGAGUGUAAGAAUUUCGAAUCGGGCGUGCGGUGCUUUGGAAAAAAUUUUCACUUGAUUCAACAGAAUAAGGUGCGAACACGGUCCGUGGGCGAGCUGGUCCAAUUCUACUACCUGUGGAAGAAGUCGGAGCGUCACGACAUUUUCGCGAACAAAAUAAGGCUGGAGAAGAAAAAGUACACGUUGCAUCCCGGUCUGACCGAUUUCAUGGACCGUUUCUUGGAGGACCAGGACGGUAGAGACCGAAGCUCCUCGCCGAAUGUACAGUACAGCGGGACCGAUAACAAGAAGCCCACGGAUAUGGUACAAACGAAUCAAAAGCCUCCGCCCGAGGCGUAGUUUAUCGUUUUCUUUAUGUUAUUAUCGAGAGACAGUAUUCUAUGUUUUGUCUUCGUAUUUUUCUAUUUGCUAUUUUAUGUUUCGUCUUGUUCUUUUGUAUUUUUUUUGACGUAAUAUGUGUUAAGAGUGUGUUUGUGUCAUUUGUAGGUUUCUUGCGGGAGAGAACGAAUCGACAAUAAUGUACAGGGUGAAAUUUAAAUUAUUUUUAGUUCGAUAUGUUCAUCAAGCGGAUGGGUUACAUUCCUGAUUAAUUGCUUAAACUAACAUUUACUGUAAAACUUCCCGGUGCUACGUACGAAUCGGUUUGAUUAUAGAUUCAAGGAGGUACUAUUAGGAAUAGUGAUUUAGUUAGCUUUUUAGUGUCGUGUACUGGUUGACUAUAGAAUUUAUCUUUUGUUACUGCGAUUUAAAAAAAUUUAUUUAGUUUUUCGAAGUUGGUAUAAUUUUUUUGCCAAUUUUUCUCAGGUAGGUCGUAAUGAUGGGAAAUUACAAGAAACUAGAAUGGCGAAAACACUCUUAAAAUCGAAUAGAAUUAUUUUUACACUUGGUUGUAAGAUUCAUAUAUUUAUUGUUACAAAUAAAUAAAAUAAAGGUAUAUUUUUUCAUAAA